AUGCACUUUAUUCUUGGUAUCUUUCUUUUCACUUUCAAUACGUUGCAUGUGAAUGCCAGCACAUUUCAUCUGACAGGAAGCACAGUUUUCCUGGAUGGUGUUUCCUAUUUUGUUGCCCCAAGUCCUGUCGGACGUGUGCAAAAUGAUGCUUUCAAAUUGUCAGAUGGACUCGGUUUGGUUCCUUUCACUGUUGUAACAAUUGACUCGACCGGUAUAGACUCUGACCAACUGAAACAAACACUUGCCAACUUCUCCAGCUCAGAUGAUGUAUAUCAAACUGGCUUCUCGAAAGGUAUAUUUUCUUUUUCAUUUAACCUCAAAAUCAGCCGAUUUCCUUAUCUGCCUUUUUUUUUUUUUUUUCAUUCCGCCCAACCACAUCUCAGAAAUACCUCUAUCAUUCCUAGUGGGCCCUACUUUGCCUCAUCUGCCGGCGAUGUGCACCAAGCAUAUCGGUUAUACGCGGACGUUCAGGAAGCGUUCAGCGAGACCGUGAUUUCCAAUGGAGAUGGGUCCCACUCAGUGUUGCCAGCUAGCCUCCCUGGACAGUCACUGGCUGUAGCUGUUCCUUCGCGUCUAUACUACACUAGAACCAUCGGAAAGCCUUUGGCAGGUGUUCGAAUUGGGGUUAAAGAUAUAUUCGAUGUCCAUGGCUUAAGGACUUCCAAUGGCAAUAGAGCCUGGUACCACUUAUAUCCACCUGCAAACCAAACUGCACCAAGUAUUCAGAAUUUACUCAAUGCUGGUGCGGUUUUGAUAGGAAAGAUGAAAACUAGCCAGUUUGCGAACGGUGAGAGUGCCACUGCUGACUGGGUGGAUUACCACGCUCCAUUCAAUCCCCGAGGGGACGGAUACCAGGAUCCUUCAUCUUCAUCAGCCGGUCCAGCAGCCGGUGAAGCGGCUUACGAGUGGCUUGAUAUCGCCGUUGGGUCGGACACAGGCGGAAGCAUAAGAUCACCAAGCCAAGUCCAAGGAAUUUUUGGAAACCGCCCUAGUCAUGGUUUGGUCUCCUUGAACGGUACAAUGCCACUUGCACCCGAAUUUGACACAAUCGGUGUAUUAGCCCGGGACCCGCGACUCUGGGCUGAGGCUGCACAAUCGUUGUAUGGAUCAAACAUAAAUAUGUCGUUUUCUUAUCCAAGCGAAAUCCUUACGAUUGGGUUUCCUGACAGCAUUAAUUCCACAUUCGAUCACAUUGUGCAGGGAUUUUUAGCUAACCUCACAGACUUCCUGUCAGCAAAAGUAAAACCAUUCAACUUGACUGAGUCCUGGGGCGCAAUGAAUCCUGAACAACCAAAUCUUCUUUCAUUUAUAAACAACACGUAUGAGGUAUUAUCUGCUCAAGAACAAGCAAGGCUCGUGCGAGACCCAUUUUAUGCAGACUAUGCCGCAGCAAACGAAGGGAGGCUGCCUCACAUCAACCCAGCACCCUUGCAACGCUGGGCUUUGGGAGACAGAUCUAAUUCAACUAUUGAAGAAGGGUUGAAAAGCAAGGCGCUGUUCAUGGAAUGGUUUAACAAUGAAAUCCUUCAUCGAGAUCCACGAUCCUGCUCCAAUCGGCUACUCCUUUACGUUCCCAGAACGCCAGUGUCCACACCUCGAGACAGGUAUAUUACUGGACCUCAGUCACCCAAACCUUUUUCAACUAGCAAGAUAUCCGUUAUGUCUAAGACACCAGACAUAGUGAUUCCUAUAGGACAGGUGGAUUAUGCAUCCUCGGUGACAAAUAGCACGGAACAGUUGCCUGUAACCGUCGAUUUAAUGGCCGCUAAAGGUUGUGAUGGGAUGUUAUUUGGGCUUGUCAAUGAUCUACUUAAAUCCAAUAUCAUCAGCAUCAGCCUGCCUGGGAAAAGCCACGUCAAUGGAGGGAACAUCUUACUGUAA